AGAAAUGUCUUCCAAAACGGAUUCUCCUCCAUCCUAUGAGGAUGCCCUUCAGCAUCCUAAGUCUAAUAACUACCCCUUCCAGACACAACAUGGAGCCCCUCUCCCUCUUCCACCAUCCUACAGCUCCAGUCCCAGCGCGUGCCUCAGCCCGCCUAGCUACUGGAGCCAGGGGGGCGUCUACCCCCAGGCCGGCAUGUGUCCAGGCCCCGGCUUUUCUUCAUCUGUCAUGCCCAUCCCCACUCUGUCAGCAGGACUGCCUGCGUCCAGUCCAGGAGAAAUGGAUGACUUUUUCAGCAACCAGUGGGAAAGCACAUCCAUUCGACACGCCUUCAUCAGAAAAGUUUAUUUGAUUUUGACUGUGCAGCUUGCGGUCACCUUUGCAGUCGUUGCUGUCUUUACAUUUGUUCACCCAGUGAAGCUGUUUGUCAUCACAUACCCAGCCAUCUACUGGGCUUCUUAUGCUGUGUUCUUUUUUGUGUAUUGCAUUCUCAUCUGCUGCAAAGAGCCAAGGAGGCGUUUUCCAUUGAAUCUGGUGCUGUUGGGAGUAUUUACCAUUGCCUUAUCUUUUAUGGCUGGAUCCGUUUCAAGCUAUUAUCAAACCAAAGCAGUGAUUAUCGCAAUGGGAAUAACAGCAAUAGUGUGCAUAGCUGUGACAGUCUUCUGCUUCCAGACGAAGGUGGACUUCACCUCCUGUGGGAGUCUUCUCUGCAUUGCAGCUGUUUUGCUCAUGAUCAUCGGAAUUGUUUCAGCCAUCGUGCUCUCCUUUAAAUAUGUCCCCUGGCUGCACAUGCUCUACGCUGCAAUCGGAGCCAUCGUUUACACUCUGUUUUUAGUGUAUAACACUCAGCUUCUUAUCGGGAAUCGGGAGUUGGCCAUCAGCCCAGAGGAGUACAUCUAUGGCGCGCUCUCUCUCUAUGUUGAUAUUGUUCACAUCUUCCUCUUCAUCAUACAAGUCAGCGGAGCAGCAACCGAGUAAAGCAAUCAUCUGGCAAUGUUUUAUCAGUAAAGUCUGGAUGUACAAAGUAUUUUGGCAGCAAUGUCACAUUUAAACAUGUACACAAAUCAAAGAAUACUUGUGUAAAAUGUAUUCACCACUAUGUAAGCUUUGUUAUAGUUUUAUUCAUGUCUGUAACACUGAAGCACUUUGAUGCUCUCUUUGGAGCAGGAAUGAAGAUUGGAGGCUUUUACAGCAGCCAAGUAUGAGUUAAGAAAAACUCUUAGGUUUUGCUUUACUUUAACAUUUAUAAUUUAAUGUUUAUGUACAUAUAAGCAAACAGAUAUCUGAGUUAUUAAUCCUAUCAAACCUAAUUAUUAUUUUAAUUUAUGUCAUUCCAACUUCCAACAAAAUAUAACGACAAAGCAGUUUUUUUUAUUAGUCGUUUUUAUUUCUCAAUAAUUACUUUCAAAACACAUGUAGUUACAGGCAAACUCUUGAAAACCAGAAUCAUUAUUCUUAAUGUCUGUGAAGGUAAUACAAAUGACUUUGAUUUGUGUUACAGUUGUUAAUUCUCCCUAUAAUUAAACCUUAGAAAAAAACUUGUUGAUUAGAAGAUUAAUUAAACAUGUGCAGCCUCCUCCGGGAGUGUUCCGGCCCAUUUCUUCCUUCUUCAAUGUAUCUGUUUUUAUCAGUUGUUAGAAAACUAUACACACAAAUCAAUAAAGUUCCUUCUGUUACAACUGCU